AGCCAUGUUGAUCGUGGCUAGCACAGGGGCCGGCACCAGAGGGUUUUAGAAGCAGGUGUCAUAAUGUUGUCCGCGGUGUUGAGGAGAACCGCGCCAGCGCCUCGGCUCUUCCUAGGGUUAAUCAAAUUUCCAUCUCUCCAAAGCCGGGGAGGUGCUUUCGGCCGUAGCGUAAUCACCGGAGACCGCGGGGAGCCGCAGCGGCUGAGAGCUGCCGCCUGGGUGCGCCCUGGAGCAUCUUCUACCUUGUUCCCCGGACGGGGGGCAGCCACCGGGGGGCGCCGUGGAGAACACACCGAGAUCCCAUACCUGACUGCCGCCUCGUCGGGACGCGGUCCUAGCCCCGAAGAAACCCUCCCUGGACAAGACAGCUGGAAUGGGGUCCCCAACAAGGCGGGUCUGGGCAUGUGGGCCUUGGCCGUGGCUCUGGUGGUUCAGUGCUACAACAAGAAUCCAUCUAACAAGGAUGCAGCUCUAAUGGAAGCUGCCCGGGCCAAUAACGUGCAGGAAGUCAGAAGGCUGUUAUCAGAAGGUGCAGAUGUCAACGCAAGGCACAAACUUGGCUGGACAGCACUGAUGGUGGCAGCCAUCAGCCACAAUGAGAGUGUGGUGCAGGUCCUGCUUGCGGCUGGAGCUGACCCAAACCUUGGGGAUGACUUCAGCAGUGUCUAUAAGACUGCCAAUGAACAGGGAGUCCAUUCUUUGGAAGUCCUAGUCACUCGAGAGGAUGACUUCAACAACCGACUGAACCACCGUGCUAGCUUCAAAGGCUGCACCGCCCUGCACUAUGCUGUCCUGGCCGAUGACUACAGCAUCGUCAAGGAGCUGCUGGAUGGAGGAGCCAACCCCCUUCAGAGGAAUGAGAUGGGACACACACCUCUGGAUUAUGCCCGGGAAGGGGAGGUUAUGAAGCUUCUGAAAACUUCUGAGACCAAGUACAUGGAGAAGCAGAGGAAGCGUGAGGCAGAGGAGCGGCGCCGCUUCCCACUCGAGCAACGAUUGAAGGAACACAUCAUUGGCCAGGAGAGUGCCAUUGCCACUGUUGGUGCUGCGAUCCGGAGGAAGGAGAAUGGCUGGUACGAUGAGGAGCACCCUCUAGUCUUCCUCUUCUUGGGAUCAUCUGGAAUAGGGAAAACCGAGCUGGCCAAGCAGACAGCCAAGUAUAUGCACAAAGAUGCCAAAAAGGGCUUCAUCCGGCUUGACAUGUCUGAGUUCCAGGAGCGACAUGAGGUAGCCAAGUUUAUCGGUUCUCCACCAGGCUACAUCGGCCAUGAAGAGGGUGGCCAGCUGACCAAGAAACUGAAACAGUGCCCUAAUGCAGUAGUCCUCUUUGAUGAAGUGGACAAGGCCCAUCCAGAUGUGCUCACCAUCAUGCUGCAGCUGUUUGAUGAGGGCCGCCUGACAGAUGGCAAGGGGAAGACCAUUGACUGCAAGGAUGCCAUCUUCAUCAUGACUUCCAAUGUGGCCAGUGAUGAGAUCGCCCAGCAUGCUUUGCAGCUCAGACAGGAAGCUUUGGAGAUGAGCCGAAAUCGAAUCGCUGAAAACCUUGGGGAUGUCCAGAUUAGUGACAAGAUCACCAUCUCAAAGAACUUUAAAGAGAAUGUGAUCCGACCCAUCCUGAAAGCUCACUUUCGGAGAGACGAGUUUCUGGGACGGAUCAAUGAGAUUGUCUACUUCCUUCCUUUCUGCCACUCAGAGCUCAUCCAGCUGGUCAACAAGGAACUGAACUUCUGGGCCAAGAGAGCCAAGCAGAGGCACAACAUCACACUGCUGUGGGACCGUGAGGUGGCAGACGUGUUGGUUGAUGGCUACAACGUCCACUACGGUGCCCGCUCCAUUAAGCAUGAGGUAGAACGCCGUGUGGUAAACCAACUGGCGGCAGCCUAUGAGCAGGACCUGCUACCAGGGGGCUGCACCCUUCGUAUCACUGUGGAGGACUCAGACAAGCACCUUCUCAAGAGCCCUGAGCUGCCCUCACCCCAGGCUGAGAAGCGUCCACCGACAUUGCGACUGGAGAUCAUUGAUAAGGACAGCAAGACCCGCAAACUGGACAUCCAGGCACCACUCCACCCCGAGAAGGUGUGCUAUACCAUCUAGCAUCCACCUGUCUAUCUGUGCCCUGAACAUCUAAUAAAGGCCCCUUGCUGUGGCAUGGCAACUGAUCUACCUUGCCCUCAUGCCUUUCUAAGGCCUAGCACCCUCUCCUGCUUUUCUUGGUUGUGAGGUUCAUAGUCUGUUAUGAUCUCCAAGGCAAGGAACGGGAAGCCUGGUCUGCACUUCAGUGUGGACUCCAUUCCUUGUAAUCACUAGAACAUUACCAUGGUGCCAGAAGCUCAGAAACAUGCAGCAGAGACCAAGUCUGGCUGAAGAAGAUAGGGAUCAGGCAGUGGUAUGCCACUCUACUCGUGCUAAUGCAGCUCACCCCAGGAUGGGGGACGGCAAGGGCUCCAAGCACAGCUACCUCUUUCCCAUGCCCUCCAACUGUCAGAGUCAAGGCUUAUGACUCAGCCAGUGUAGAGCACCCAUAGAUCUGUCUGGUUCCUCUUCCUGCCUUCCUCUGUGGUGGAACCAGGUGAACAAACUCAGCUCUGAGAUGAGGUUCGUUGAGUAGGCUGGCAAUGCAGUACAGAUAACGGAAAGCGAGGUUGGUUUCAGGCUCCAAGCAGGUGGACAUGGAUCUGCCUCAGCCCUGUCUCUUAACUGCUGUCCUAGUCAGGUGGUAAUUCCAGUGAGGCAACUCAGUGUGGCAUGGUACAGCAUGCCCAUGAUGGACAGCAGGACACAGCAAGGCCUGGCAAGUCACUCUGAAUCAUCUGCAGAACCAUCACCAGUUGUCACUAUCAUCUGCCACUACAGGAUUGAGUAGAACUUCCUGUGUGUUAGCCAGCCUCUGCCAAGAUGCUUAGACAGGUCCGAAGUCAGUGCCAUGAGUCGUAGGAUGUCAUGGACAAGAUGAUCACAGCUCUGGGUGACACCCCUCAGAGGCAGCCUGCAGCUCACUACCUCAAUAAUUGUAUUCUCUUUUUACUUUUUACUUUGAAGUUGUUUAGGCUUCAGAAAAUUAUGAAAAAAAGUCAACCUCGUAAACCUUUAACUCAGCCUCUCCUGUCGUAUAGCAGAGACCCAUGGGGAAUGGCAGGACCAGGAAAGUAGCUUGCCGCCCCUCCUGCCCCAUCUGCAGGCUGCGGCUUUCACCAGCCUGGACAUCCCACAUGGCAUUCUGCUUUCCAGUCCCUUCCCCUCUGUCUGCCCAAGGCAGUUUCUGUGUCCCCUGCGCUGUGAUCGUGAUGUUUUGGAAGAGUCCAAGCCAGUUCUUUUGUAGACUAUCCUUCAGCUGGGAUCUAGCUAAUGCUUUCACUGAUGAGAUUGGCAAGGUGACCUCAGAAGCCAGUGCCCUGCAGCCUCCCUCCCAGCCCUGAGGCUCUACAAGAAGGUUCUCUGCUGUAAAACUCAAGUGUCAGCCGGGGGGUGAAGUAUUAAAUCUUGGCUAGCAUGCACGAAAGCCCGGGUUGAUUUCCCAGUGCCACAAAAUAAAUAAGUAUAUAGAUAAAUAAAAGUUUCCCCUGGAACUGAAAUCAAGCCAGACUGCUGGCUUAUGCCUGGACUCCCAGCAAUUGGGAGGUUGAGGUAGGAUUGUCACAAGUUUGAGGCUAUCUUGUGCUGCAUACUGAGUUCCAGACCAACCUAGGCUACAUAGUAAAACCCUGUCUCCACGGGUCAAGCAGGUACAUCUCUAUAUAUUUGAGACUGACCUGAUCUACAAAGUGAGCUACAGGCCAGCCAGGGCUGCAUAGUGUGUCCCUAUCUUAAAAAAAAAAAAAAACGGAAAAAAAGAGAUCCUUUAACAUGGCCCAGCAGGUUACAGCCCUUGAUACUCAGCCUGAUGACUUGAGUUCAGUUCCUUGAACCCAUAUAAAGAUGGAGGGAGAGAACCAACCUCAAAAAAAAUGGUCCUCUGACCACACAUGUGGUGACAUGAGUGCCUCCCCCCAUACAUACACAGACACACAUACACAUGACAGUAAUAAUACAUUUUUUAGUAAUGAGAAUGUUCUGGGAAGAUACUUAAAAAACUGUUUAAAUGUCACAUGCUUAGAAUUUUUCUUAGAGUAAGUGUCCAUCUCGGCUGAGACAUUUUGCUGUUGAAUUUACUGUGUUACUUAUGAAGAUUUUGUCGUUCCUUAUUCAUCUGUAUUUAAUAAUUGGUAUUCUGUUCCAAAGAAACCUUUUACCUCA